AUUUAAUGGAUUAUUAUUCAGGUCCUGAGUUUAUGCUUGAAUUACCUUAAAAAAAAUGUAAGGUAUGUGGCAAAGGAAUGAAAGAAGGAAUAUGUUUGCCUAGAAGAAAAUGGGCAGGAAUAUGUUUCAUUAUACUUGCAGUAUUGUGCAUAAUUGUUGAAAUAUUUCUUCAUUAAUAUGUUAUUGGCAUAAUUUUUGGAUGUAUAUUAGGAUUAUUUUGCCUUAUAUUUCUAAAAGAAACCAUAAGCCCAUCACAUUAUGAUGGAGAUUUUAACGAGAAUGAACGAGAGAAUGAGAAUGAACGAGAGAAUUAUAAUGAACGGAUACUCCGAAGAGAAUGA